AUGAAUGAAGCUGACAAGAUUCAACUACUGGAUUUGCUUCGAUCUAUGGAAUGCGACCAAUACUAUGAACUAUUUGAAAAAAAUGAUAUCAAUAUUGAGCUCUUAUCAUCGAUGGACAGGCCUGCAUUAAAAGAGCUUGGAGUCACCAAAGUAGGUGAUCGUCUGAGGGUUCAGAUUCUCAUAUCAUUACUAAACAUUGAAAAAAUUCGAUCCAAGGUGCCGAUGCAUGAACUUGUCGAGGCUAUUAAAGUGGCAUACUCUGCACUUACUGGCGUCGACGAUGAUAUUGGUGUCAAGAUAAAUAAUAAUAGAGAGGAAAGAAGACAGAGGAAACAUCAGAAAGCAGGGCAGCAGCAGCAAAAUGAUUCACAAAAUAACUAUUCAUUGCACAAUGAGAUUACGGUGAUUACUCAAGAUGGACAAGACUAUAGAGUGGAUAUCACUGACUGUUAUACAUCAUCGGCCAUCAAAAGAAAUAUUUUACAACAAACGACGACAUCGGGGCCGCUAAUAGCGGACGAAUGGUCUACAUACUAUCGAGAUAAGUCAAAUUCUGUACACUUGAUGUUCAAUAUUGAGCUGGCUACAGUGUGCAACUCACCCGGAAGAGAGGAAAAAAGCCGGAUUAUCUUUUGCCGAACUGGUGAAGCGCCGUCACAGGCCGCUAUAGAGAAGUCGAAUGAAAUAAUAGCAAAGAGUGAGACAUCCAGUGCUGAACAGAACCAGAGAAGCUCCAUGAUUAUGAGAAAUAUGAUCGGACAGAGACCUCCUAGUCAGCUUAUUUCGACAAAUUUGGGAGAGUAUUUUCCAGAAGUAGGCCCCACCGAGUUGAAGAAAGUGAUGCGUAAUUCAUAUAGACUCUCCAUGUAUGGCAGCCGAGUUCUUCAACAACAAGCUCGUCAGAGUCCGGUUAACGGAGAAAUUAGUAGAAGAAACAGUCGCAUGAAACGGAACUCGAUUUACUCAAAUUACUCAAUGAUUAGUCGACCUGAGUCGGUUGCUAGUGGUUUAACUGCUCUUAGUAGUGGAGUAGGGUACGCAAUGAGGAUCAAUCAAACCGUUGGGGAUGUUCUACUAUCGAAUAGUAAUGCUAUAGAGGAGGAAGAAGAGGAAGAGGAAGAAGAGAAAGAAGAGGAAGGAGAAGAGGAAGAAGAGGAAAAGAAAGAGGAAGAUGUUGCAAAAACACUCAACCUAGGCAACAGUACGUUUAAGUCAGCACGAGCAUCUGUAGAUGAUACUGGUACCAUCAAAAAAGAGGAUGUACGGACUUCAUCAUUCAUUAAGCUUCUUGAUGAAGAUGAAUAUGAGGCAGAAGAUUUAAUGGAUGCAUAUGGAGACAUGAGCCUAAGUGAAAAUGCGGAGGACGAACCAAGAACCUCUUCAGUGAUGAGUAUACUGACCAGUGAGCUUAACCACGGCCCAUCAAUUUGGCAUAAGGGGUCAAAGAUAGGUCAAGGCUCGUAUGGAUCUGUGUACUUAGGUUUGGAUGGGCUUACAGGAGAGUUGAUGGCAGUUAAAGAAGUUGACUUACCUACAUCAUCAGAGGAUUCUAAAAAUAAAAUGGUGACAGCACUAAAAAGAGAAAUGGAACUUCUUAGGGAGCUUCACCACGAGAAUAUUGUUAGGUACUUAGGAUCAGCCUCCGAUUCUUCCAAGAUGUAUAUUUUCCUUGAGUAUAUUCCUGGUGGUAGUGUAUCUUCUAUGCUCCAUACGUAUGGUCCUUUUGAAGAGCCGUUGAUUAGAAACUUCCUGACACAGGUUCUCAUCGGUGUUAGAUACCUUCACAACAACGGCAUUAUACAUAGAGAUAUUAAGGGAGCCAAUAUCUUGAUAGAUAUCAACGGUACUGUGAAAAUUGGAGAUUUCGGAAUCUCAAAGAGAAUUACACCUUCAAAUAAAGUGGAUCCUGUUGAAGAAGAGCAGAUAAAGCAGAGCAAAAGAGCGUCUUUCCAAGGUUCUGUUUAUUGGAUGGCACCCGAGGUUGUCAAACAGGUCGCAUCUACGGAGAAAUCAGAUAUUUGGUCUACGGGAUGCCUUGCUAUUGAGAUGUUCACAGCCAAACAUCCAUAUCCUGAAUUUUCGCAGAUGCAGGCUAUUUUCAGGAUUGGCACACUGACUUUACCAAAGUAUCCAUCAGGAUGCAGUGAUUCUGCCCGGGAUUUCUUAGAUCUGGCAUUCGAAACUGACUACAGGAAGAGGGUCAGUGCCACCAAUUUGUUGAAGCAUCCAUUUUUUAAACCGCUGUUCAAUAUGAGGGAGAAGCAGAGGAAGUAA